UGCAUUGCAUGUUAAACAAAAAAUAUAAGGUUUUGCCAUUUUGGAAGUACAGCUAUUUUAUUCUCUAAUAGAAUUUUUUCUCCUCAUUUUAUAAAAAACUAUUAAAUAUUAUGCUUCAAAGGGCCAUGUGAUAUUUACAAGCAUAUUAAAGUUUGUUUACAGGACAUAAACUCUAUUGUUUCCAACAUGCAAAAACAGUGCAUAUUUAAUAUAUAAAAUUUCUUUUACAGGACAUAAACUCUAUUGUUUCCAACAUGCAAAAACAGUGCGUAUUUAAUAUAUAAAAUUUCUUUUCUAGGGCAUAAAAACAAUAUUUAAAAAAAAUAAAAAAUUAUGAAUUGCCUAAUUGUUUUUGACAUUUAGUGUUAAUUAAUAAGAUGCCUGAAAGAAUUGUGUCAGUUUUUCCACCAGAGCUUGAUGACUAUGAAGAUAAAAAUGAAAAGCUGGGCGAAGGUGGAUUUGCAGAGGUGUAUUUGGCUGAACAUAAACAAACUGGAAUGAGGGUUGCUGUAAAAGUUAUGAAUAAAGCAAUGUUGGAAAAUAUGGGAGAUUUACACAGAGCAUACCGAGAAAUUGAUGCAAUGAAAAGAUUGGGAUGUCACCAACAUAUAUGUCAACUGUACCAAGUUGUUGAAACUGAUAAAGAUAUAUUCUUAGUUUUAGAAUAUAUAUCUGGUGGAGAGCUGUUUGAUUAUAUUGUGUCUCGUGAAAAAUUGUCUGAAAAGGAGAGUAGAAGCUUCUUUCGUCAAAUUGUAUCAGCUGCUGCUUAUAUCCAUUCUAAAGGAUUGGCUCAUCGAGAUCUAAAACCAGAGAAUAUGCUACUUGACAGUAAUAAUAGUAUCAAGAUUAUAGAUUUUGGUUUAUCUUCUAAUCCAAAAACUAACAUUCUUCAACCGCUUGCGACAUGUUGUGGUUCACCUGCUUAUGCUGCGCCAGAGUUGAUAUCUGGAAAGUCAUAUUUUGGUCCAGAGGCUGACCUUUGGAGUCUCGGUAUUGUUUUGUAUGGACUACUAAAUGGCUUUCUUCCAUUUGAUGUUGACGAUGAUGAACCAACAUAUGCAUUGUAUGAAAAAAUUAAACUGGGUGAUUUUGAAGUUCCAGAAUGGUUAAGCCCAGGGAGUGUGCAAAUAUUAACAAGAUUAUUACAAACGGAUGCAGAAAAGCGUAUCACAACAAAAGACUUAUUGCAGCAUUCUUGGUUAUGUGAAGGUUAUGGUGCACCAGUGAAGUGGGAGAGCACUUUGUCGAGAGAAAGUCCUGAUCCAAAAAUUGUGAACGAGUUAGCUGAUUAUUAUGAAGCAGUAUCAGAUGAAAGUAUGGCAGAUUUGAUUAAACAGUACAAAUACGAUUCGUUAACAGCACAUUAUUAUUUACUAUAUAAACAUCGACAAAAAACGCCGAGACCGAAAGUUUCGUUUAAAACACCGACAAGAGAAAAACCACAAAGCAGAAUACCACAAACUGGGCGACAAUGUGUAAGUUUAAGCAUUGAUGAUAUUGAUGUCACACCUACACGCCAAAGCAGAUCGAAAAGCUGUUCUACUGACAAUGAUGGAAUACCCUACAUUGACCCGUCUGGGGUGGAUUAUAUCUCCCCAUUAAGAGACACGAGAGAAAAAGCUGCUUCUCAAGUUGAUAAUCUCAACAGAUUAAUAUCUUUGACUCCAGCCAGGCCAAGACCUGUUUUUACUAACAAAAAAGUUGGACUAGCGGUUGGCAUCAUGACGCCAAAAUUCGCCAAAAGAAUUGGAAAACGAGUUGUAAACUUGAUGACUCCCAGGAAAAUUCCCACCUCAGAACAACCUAGAAAGAUUAAGGGCGUUUAUAAAGUAAGUACAACGUCAACCAAACCAGCCAAAAUUGUCCGACAAGAAGUUGAAACGGCCUUAGCAACAUUACGUGAUUCAGAAAGAUUGUACGGCUAUGAAGCUUCGAAAUUCAAGUUUAAAUGCAAGGGACGCGAUGAAAGAGGUGCCAAACUUAUAUUCCAACUGGAAAUCUGCUCUGUUCCUGGUCUUGAUACUAUAGUAGGUAUACGCCACAGCCGUUUAAAAGGAGAUGCUUGGGCAUACAAGAAAACAUGCGAUAUGAUACUUGGGAUGAUCAAAAUUUAAAUACAUGAUAACGCGGUUAUGAAAUGUAUAUAAACAAAAUUUUUUUGGUAUAUUAACCAUUUUGUUAUUCAGAGAAAGGCGAGCUCGCUGAUUGAUGUUACACUGUCAAAUUAUAGAACUCAUUUUAAGCUUGUUAUGCUUAGCUUAUACAUAUGUAUAUAUAUCUAUAUGAUUGUUAGUGUGGGAAGCCACAAAAGCAGGUUUAAGAUAUCAUUGUUGACAUCUCGCGAAUUUCAGUCUGACUUUAUUCAGUAUGUCAGAUACUGUGAUCACAAAAGACACUGCCUUAAUAUUACUAAUUUUCGCUGGUGUUAGUUUUUGCGCUUUGGUCAAACUCGCAUAAUUUGUGUACCAGCAAAAUGCUCUUUAAGAUGCUAUUCGCGAAAAUGAAUACAAGAAAAAAUAUCAAGAAAUUUUUAAUUUUUUUGUGUCAGAGUGAAAAAGAUGCCAAUGUCAACCGCACGGGAUCAUUGAAAGUGUGCUUUAGUGAGUAACUGUUUGACAAAAAAUAUUAUUUUCUUUUAAAAGUGAUUUGGGAAAAUGAAUAACAUUUUGUUUCCGUAACAAUUCUCACCAUAAUACUGCAACAAGCAGAAACCCCACAGUCGUAUAUUAUAUCAAGUAAAUUAUCUAAAGAAUUUCUAUGUAGCUCAAAAAUAUUUGAAUAAAAAUAUUUAAAAAUUUUUUUUCUA